AUGCUUACCUUCUACUGUUCACACCCCGGUCCUGAGAAACCUCUGGAUCAGUUGACUUCCUAUGUCGCUGACUUCUACAAGACAGGCGAAGUCACAGUUCGCCUUGUACUGGCGUGCGAGAUCUUUGUCGACAUCUUCUUCGUCCUCCGAGACGGCAUCACCUCACCUUUCGUCGCCCUUGACAAAUUUGCAGAUCAAACUUCCAGCUGGCUGAAACGAGACGAUGUGCAUGCAAAGGUCCUGGGAUGCAACCUUGGCGACGAAUACCACGCUACGGCGACGCAGCGCCUGAAACCCUUCGUGGAGCGCUCUGUGAAGCGAGAUGUGGUUGCUGAGUUCAAAUUGGAGUUCGGGAACUCCGAGAGAAGCCAUGAUUUGGCUCCAUUCGCCUUGCUGAAGCACCACCCAAUCCUGUGUGGCAUGAUGCUCUUCCACAUCAGUCGCACCAGGUACCACCUUGGUACAAGCCUCUCGAGUGCUCGUGAAUGCAUGAUGGCCGUGAUGCACAUGUACAAUGCCGCCCUGCAGAAGGGACAUCUCGUCAAGCAAUGGCCUGAUAUCGAGACCAUCAUUGGCUUCUAUGGUGCUCAUCAUGUCUUCGUGGGCGAUCGGUCCGUUACCUCGCAAAGUCCGAUUCAACGCCUGCAAUUUGCUUUUCGGACGUCGCCAACAGCUAUGCGGCAAAAGGUCCGCUCAAUUCACCAUCUCGCAAUUGGUCGCGGAGUCCAUGUCACUAGUAUGAAGAUGAAGCCCAGCCAGCGACGCCAGAUGCACGAGAACACGCCGCUGCUGGCUGCUCUACCCAACGUUUACCACGAAAAAGGAUGCUUGCGUCGCAUGGAACAAUCACUCAACCCUGGGCCGGACUUUCCGAGCACUAGAUACGCAAAGGCGUGGAAGGCGAAGAAUUCCAGCAUCACUUCAACUUACUUGGAGGUCAACUACCACUGUGUCGAACUGCUCAAACGUUUCAAGGACAUACUCGUGUCCAUCCCAAGGAGCCCCUUCGCAAGCCACUUGAAGUCCAACAAAGACCUGUACUGCGUUGCGUACACUGUUCUGCUCUUCGAAGAGCCAGAGUUUACGCUCGUGGGCGACACAAGUGAGAAAUUGGUGUCAUUGCUGAAGAUGGCUGCUACCCAGAUGGAGACUGUUAUCGACCGUGCCGGCAGCAAGGCCAACGACAGCGCACGAGCCUUGUGCCCUACGCAUGUAGGAAGCGCUUCUCAGGUCGGGAGCCUUCCUUCAUCUCCAGCUGCUUGA